AUGGCCCGGUCACCGCCCGUGGGUCACCUCCCGUGGAUGUCCCGGUCACUGCCCGUGUCCCGGUCACUGCCCGUGUCCCGGUCACCUCCCGUGAAUGUCCCGGUCACCGCCCGUGGAUGGCCCGGUCACCGCCCGUGGAUGUCCCGGUCACCGCCCGUGGAUGUCCCGGUCACCGCCCGUGGAUGUCCCGGUCACCGCCCGUGGAUGUCCCGGUCACCGCCCGUGGAUGUCCUGAUCACCGCCCGUGUCCCGGUCACCGCCCGUGAAUGUCCUGAUCACCGCCCGUGGAUGUUCCGGUCACCGCCCAUGGAUGGCCCGGUCACCGCCCGUGGAUGUUCCGGUCACCGCCCGUGGAUGUCCCGGUCACCUCCCGUGGAUGUCCCGGUCACCUCCCGUGGAUGUCCCGGUCACCUCCCGUGGAUGUCCCGGUCACCUCCCGUGGAUGUCCCGGUCACCUCCCGUGGAUGUCCCGGUCACCUCCCGUGGAUGUCCCGGUCACCUCCCGUGGAUGUCCCGGUCACCUCCCGUGGAUGUCCCGGUCACCUCCCGUGGAUGUCCCGGUCACCUCCCGUGGAUGUCCCGGUCACCUCCCGUGGAUGUCCCGGUCACCUCCCGUGGAUGUCCCGGUCACCUCCCGUGGAUGUCCCGGUCACCUCCCGUGGAUGUCCCGGUCACCUCCCGUGGAUGUCCCGGUCACCUCCCGUGGAUGUCCCGGUCACCUCCCGUGGAUGUCCCGGUCACCUCCCGUGGAUGUCCCGGUCACCUCCCGUGGAUGUCCCGGUCACCUCCCGUGGAUGUCCCGGUCACCUCCCGUGGAUGUCCCGGUCACCUCCCGUGGAUGUCCCGGUCACCUCCCGUGGAUGUCCCGGUCACCUCCCGUGGAUGUCCCGGUCACCUCCCGUGGAUGUCCCGGUCACCUCCCGUGGAUGUCCCGGUCACCUCCCGUGGAUGUCCCGGUCACCUCCCGUGGAUGUCCCGGUCACCUCCCGUGGAUGUCCCGGUCACCUCCCGUGGAUGUCCCGGUCACCUCCCGUGGAUGUCCCGGUCACCUCCCGUGGAUGUCCCGGUCACCUCCCGUGGAUGUCCCGGUCACCUCCCGUGGAUGUCCCGGUCACCUCCCGUGGAUGUCCCGGUCACCUCCCGUGGAUGUCCCGGUCACCUCCCGUGGAUGUCCCGGUCACCUCCCGUGGAUGUCCCGGUCACCUCCCGUGGAUGUCCCGGUCACCUCCCGUGGAUGUCCCGGUCACCUCCCGUGGAUGUCCCGGUCACCUCCCGUGGAUGUCCCGGUCACCUCCCGUGGAUGGCCCGGUCACCGCCCGUGGUCACCGCCCAUGGCCCGGUCACCGCCCGUGGAUGGCCCGGUCACCGCCCAUGGCCCGGUCACCGCCCGUGGAUGGCCCGGUCACCGCCCAUGGCCCGGUCACCGCCCGUGGAUGGCCCGGUCACCGCCCAUGGCCCGGUCACCGCCCGUGGAUGGCCCGGUCACCGCCCAUGGCCCGGUCACCGCCCGUGGAUGGCCCGGUCACCGCCCAUGGCCCGGUCACCGCCCGUGGAUGGCCCGGUCACCUCCCGUGGAUGUCCCGGUCACCGCCCGCUCUCCCCUUGCCGGCCUGGGCGCUGUUUCGGGCGCCGCUGCUGGGAUGUGCUCGGAGCCCGGAGGGACAGCGGGUGCAGCCGGCUGUCCCUGUGCCACAUCCCGGUACAAACCCCCAGCAGUGA